UCCCAAGCCUCGUCGCUCCUCGGAACGCACGCCCACUUUCAGCACUUUCAGCUUUCCUGAAACGAAGGUCCCUCGGCAGCCAUGACGACCACCGUCACCACCGGAGUGUUGGCAGGGACCGCUGGCGGCGCAGGACUCGCAGGACUCGCCGUCGCAGGAGCUGUAGGUUUGGGCGUCCUGGGUUUGGCCGCCCUCGCCUCCAGAGGCGCAGGACGCAGGAAUCGAGGAGGCAGGAGGAAGGGGCACCGCAGGGGGCGUCGCUCCGUGGACGACGCCGAGGACUGGAGGAUGCAGAACGCCCUCGAGUUGGUGCGAGCGGAGGACGUGACAGGAUGCGGCAUGAGGCUGGUGUGCGAGCUGGCCGGCCAGGAGGAGGAGGAUCUGGUGCAGGAGGAGCUGGCCAUCCUGGCCUUGCUCGGACCCGACGUGAAGCCCGGGGAGGGAGUCCUCCCCCCCGGGGGCGCCAGGGGAGAGUACCUGCAGGCCAGGAACUUCGGGGCACAAGGCGGGGACUGCGGCGCCGCCUUCCCCAUGUGUCCACUCAACGGCUCGCAGCUCAUGGACACCGUCAUGGCCUACCUGCCCUGAGACAAAAUGCCUCUCCACGUGUCUGCAUUUCCGUCUUUCAGGACCAGUCCAAAUAGUUUAUUUACUUCUACUUAGCAAGUCCCUCUCACUGUGUAGAUCGUUAGGAAAUACAGAUCUUUAGCUU